AUGGAAAGGAAGCAGGCAUCCUGGAAUGAAGGUUCCAUGAUGGAAAGGCAGCAGGCAUCCUGGAAUGAAGGUUCCAUGAUGGAAAGGCAGCAGGCAUCCUGGAAUGAAGGUUCCAUGAUGGAAAGGAAGCAGGCAUCCUGGAAUGAAGAUACUAUUAGGGUAAUUCUGGAUGGUGGAAAAAACAACUGCACUGGAACAGUUAAAGUUGAACGCAAUAAUCUGAAGUCAGAAGUCUGCUCUAACAAGUGGGAUGAAAAUGAUGCCAACUUUGAAAAAUUUGCUAAAGUUGUAUGUAGAGAGCUAAAAUGUGGAACUGCUUAUAAAUUUUCAGUCCUUCCUGAGACAUUCAGAAACAAAACUCUGAUAGACUACGUGAACUGUAAAGGUGAUGAAGAAUUCCUCUGGCAGUGUGAUUUUAUGAAUCAGAAUAAUGCAGACUGUUCAGAGUCAAAGGUUCCUCAAAUUGUCUGCACAGAAAGUUUAAAGGUAAGAUUAGCUGAUGGAGGCAGUCCCUGUGCUGGAAGAGUGGAAGUUUUUUACAAAGAUAAAUGGGGAACAAUCUGUGGCCAAAGCUGGAAUGAUAAAAAUAAAGAUGUUGUAUGCCGGGACCUGCAAUGCGGACGUGCAGAAAAGCCCCAAAAGGAGCUUCAUUUUGGACAUGGAAAUAUCCAGGACAUCUUGUUUGGGAAUGUAGACUGUAAAGGAAAUGAAACUCUCCUAGGGAACUGCUUGUUAACAUUGUUGAAACAAGACCAGUGUCAUUCAAAGACUACAGCUAAAGUUAUCUGCUCAGGACAUAUCAAACUCCGUCUGCAGGGAAAUGAUACCUGCUCUGGCCGAGUAGAAAUUUUUUACAACAAUUACUGGAAUGCGAUACCUGCUAAAAACUGGGAUGAGAAAGCCAGUAAUGUUGCUUGUAAACAGUUGUAUUGCGGUCAGUCCAUAUCCAACAGCACUGAGAGAAGAACAAGUAAUGUGCCAUGGUGGCAAGAGCACUUUGAAUGCACUGGCAAUGAAUCUAGACUACAGUACUGUAUAUGUGGAAAUUCCAGCAAGAACUGCAUGGAAAGUGCAAUGAGCAAUGAUAAAGACAUUGUGGGUGGCAAUAGUCCAACAGACGCUCCAAGACCCAAUGAUACAGAUGUGGCACAAUUCAGUUACACAGAGGUUGCAGUGAUCAAAUGCUCAGAACAAAUCGGUAUACAGCUGGUUUCCGAACGUAAUCAGACUAAGUGUGCUGGAAGAGUGGCAAUUCAUUAUGAAAAUCAGUCAGGAGGAAUUUGUGAUGAGAUGUUCGAUAAUGAUUCUGGCAAGGUAGUCUGCAAGGAACUGAGCUGUGGAGAGUUUGAUUCAUUUUAUCUAAAACAAUAUCAGUCUUCAUUCUCUUGGUUAUCAUCUACUCAGUGCACUGGGGAUGAGAAUUUCCUUUGGCAGUGCUUCUCUAAACGGAAUUUCAUGCAGUGUAACCAUAACAAAUUAGUGCAUGUUGCAUGCUCAGAGAGCGUGCAGGUGAGGCUGACCUAUGGCAGAACCCAAUGUGCUGGAACAGUGGAAGUUUUCAAACGAGAAGAGUGGGGGACUAUCUAUUCCGAGGGUUGGGACAAAAUGGACGCUGAUGUGAUCUGCAGGCAAUUGAACUGUGGAGUAGCCAUAAAAGCCCUGCUGAAUGCAGACUUUGGACAGGGUUUAGGACCAGUUUGGUUAACAGAUGUGCAAUGCUUGGGGAAUGAGCGUUCUUUUUGGAACUGCAAAUCACAGCAUGCAAAAACAAGCACACAUGAGAAUGAUGCCGGAGUAAUUUGUUCAAAUAGCAUUAAAGUACGACUGAAAGAUGAAAGUUGCGAUUCUGGAACAGUGGAAGUUUUCUACGGAAACCAGUGGAUUCCAGUGUGUGCAAGUCAAUGGAAACAAAAAGAAGUCGAUGUCAUUUGUAAUGAAAAGAAUUGUAGUUCACAUAGCCUGCCACCACAAGCAAAUGACUUUACCAAAGGCAAGCUGCGUAGAGAUCUCUGGAUGACCAAUCUUGCCUGUGAUAGUGACAAAACCAAAUUUUCCCACUGCCAAUGGACUAUCACUACAACUAAAUGUGAUAAUAUUGAUGGCAUCAUUUGCAAAUCUUCAGCGUCAAGUGUUUCUAUCUCUACAAUAGUUGGCCUGUCACUAAUGGCUGUCCUGAUACUUGCAAUCAUCGUAGCUGUAACACUGUAUGCAAGCCACUACUACAAAAAAAGAAGAAAAUUUCCAAGACGUUCCUCGCUGGACUCAUCAGAACGCAUAUAUGAACAUGUCAAAAAGAGAGAUGAGACUGAAGAACAAAAAGAGAUGGUCAGCUUGAAAGACUCAGAUGUAUCCGCUAUGCCAGAGAAUGUUGAACCGGAUGAUUAUGAUGAUGUUGAUGGCUCACCAGAAGACAACGAGACUCCACUAAGUGGCAAAUGUGGAUCCGGAGGUGCAUCAAUGGUACAAGAAGUAGAAGUAGAAGAAAUGGAUUAUGAUGAUGUUGAAGAUGACCAAACAGAAAACGUUAAAACUACUAGCAGCAUGCAAUGCAUUUCCCAAGAUACAACACCUGGAGAACCCGAGGAUUAUGAUGAUGUUGGCAAUAACUUGUUAGAAUAUGAAAAUGACAAAAAAGAUCAGUCCAUUUCCACAGGUAACCAAGAUGACAACAGACUAAAUCAUGCUACUCCAUAAUGUGCCUCAAAAUUGUAUAGUCCAAAGAUGGUUUAUAAAGAUUCCUUGAUGUAGCAAAUAUCACCCAGUGGCAUGUAAGCAAAUACUAAUUUAGUUGCUGGGUAUGUUGAAGACACACAAUUGGACUGAAGAGGUAGCAAACUUCCUGUUCCAGAGUUUAGAUUGAAAUAAUGCAUCCUAGUGCUGCAGCAUAUUCCUAGUGAACCUUGUUAAGUGCUAUAUGUUAUUAAACAUUACAAUGCUUGCUAAUUUUUCAAAUUGCAAAUACAAAUUGCAAAUACAAUUUCAUUCAGAAUUUUUAAAUGUGACUAGUAUGAAUCAUUGAGAAAAUAAAAUUUAGUAUUAUGCA